UCACGCCAACUUGAAUCCAAUGCCGACAACACGCUACUGCUGAUAUUUUGUGAUUCGAAAUUUUUUCUUUUUUUAGACUUCCCUGGAAAACUUUUGUUUGUCUAGUUUGUAAUCGAAAAUUACAAUUUAAAGAAGAUGCUUAUUACACUGAAAACUUUAAAACAGCAAACUUUUAAAAUUGAAGUGGAAGAAGAUGAGUCGGUUAGGUCAUUUAAGGAGAAAAUAGAAGCUCAUAAGGGUAAUGAAUUCCCUGCUAAUUGUCAAAAGCUUAUUUAUGCAGGAAAAAUUCUGAGUGAUGACCAGAAAAUUGGUGAAUAUGAUAUUGAUGAGAAGAAAUUUGUAGUUAUUAUGGUUACAAAGCCCCAAGCCUCUCAAGAAGAAAGUUCCGAGGGUUCUUCUGCUACUCAGGGUACAGCUAAAGCAGCAAAUCAAACCCCUUCCAAACCAGAAACAACAAAAGAAUCUUCAGAAACUCCUGCUGAUGCAAAAUCAAGUACUUCAACUGGUGAAACUGAAGCUAAGCCGAAAUCAGAAAAACCAGCUGAAGACAGCAGUGUAACAUCUGUAAAUGUUGAAAACCUUGAUAUAUCUGCUGCUGAGUCCACAUUAGUUCUAGGAGAAGAUUAUGAAAAAAUGGUGUCACAGAUUGUUGAAAUGGGCUAUGAAAGAGAUGAUGUAGAGCGAGCAUUACGAGCUAGUUUUAAUAACCCAGAUAGAGCUGUUGAAUAUUUAAUUACUGGUGUUCUUCCUCCUGAAAAUGAACCUCAGGCUGAUUCCCCUCCUGUUGGAAACAUUCAAUCUAGCAAUACUAUUCCUGUUCCAGCUGGUAAUGAAGCUGAACCAUUAGCAUUCUUAAGGUCACAGCCUCAAUUCCAACAGAUGAGACAGGUGAUACAACAGAACCCCCAGUUACUAAAUGCUGUGUUGCAGCAAAUAGGACAAAACAACCCUCAGUUACUUUUGCUUAUUUCUCAAAACCAAGAAGAGUUUGUUAGAAUGUUGAAUGAACCUAGUCCAGGUAGUGGGCAAAGUGGUACCCCUGCAUCUGGUAGGAAUGCAGCUAGUGGAGGUACUGCUCCAGCUACACCAGCUGGUAAUGUACCAAAUGCUCCUUUGGAAUCCUUACGUGAAGCUACAGAUCAAAUUUCUCCUCAAGACAGAGAAGCCAUUGAGCGGUUAAAGGCUUUGGGCUUUCCAGAAUACUUGGUUAUUCAAGCUUAUUUUGCCUGUGACAAAAAUGAAAACCUUGCUGCUAAUUUUCUUUUAUCUCAGAAUUUUGAUGAAUAAUUUCAUACUUAAAUGUCCAAUUUGUUGGCAGUCUCAAGAUGAACUUGUUUUUUUUUUUACAUUUCUUCAUUAACAGAAUGAUCAACAUAGUAGGCACUAUCGGGAGUGAAACAAAAGUGUAAAGCAAAAUAUUCCUAAGAAAUAAUUAUUAAACUUUGCCACAAAAAUAUUCAUUAAAAAGAUUUAAUUUAUAUACAGAACAUAAAACUGCAAGUUAUGCCUUAUGUUACCACUCAAUUAAAUGUGUGUACAUACUUAUUUGUUUGUAACUUGUUUAAAUAUUGUUUCAAUCAUAACCACAAGAAAAUAAUUUACUUUUUAAAAGUGUUUUCAUAUAUAUAUAUUUCUUUUGAAGUUUUGCAAGCUCAGAUGAUUUUAUUUCAUAAUAUUCAAGCUUGCUCAUUGCAAUAAAUUCAUUUUAAAAAUAUUGUGUUUUUGUUUUUUGUGGCUGCCUAUAUUAGAUAGCCCACCGGAUAAUGAUUGAAAUCUUUUUUGAUGUUAACUUCAUUUAGCAAUUUUGUUUUAUUAAUAAAUUCUGUUAUACCAUGAUUUGUUUUUAAAUUACGUUUUUGUGGAUAUUUUGUAUAAA